UUCAAGCCGAAGUAAUCAAACUCGGAAGGAAAUUGAAGCACAUUAUGGCUGUAAAUAUGUAUUAUGGAUAAAAUAUCGCUUAAGGUGGAUGGUAAACACCACAGGGUACACAGAAUAUGUCGGAUUUACAAUACCCAUUUCCUGUUUGUUUUGUGAAUGAUUGUCCAAGAAACAAAACAUCAUGGAUGGCGUCAUCAAUCUUACUACACUGCCAAAAUGACACCAAGGGCAAGAAUACAUAUCAUUGCGUGCCCAACAAAGAGAAAACAAAAUUGAUGCAGUUCUGCUACGAUAAAAAUAUUGGACGUCAUCACAAUGGCAGUUGUCUGCAUCUAGAUGAUGCUGGUUAUCUAGACGAAGUGCAGUGUGGAGACUUCAUCUCUGGAUGCCCAAAAGUCCCAUAUUUAAGCAAUGAGAUAUAUAAAUAUCAAGAGUGUUUGGUAAUUGACAGGCAGAAUAAAUGUUUCGAAGCAGCUGCGUCAUGCCGGAAACUAGCAACAAAUAGCACGACAGUGGGGCGGAUAAUGCUGACUGCUUCAAGCCCAAUCAUUGUUAUUUUCAUCAUCUGUUUUAUCUGCGUUAGAUAUAUGUAUCGACGCAAAUGUGUAUCAUACAAGAAUCCUGAAGCGAGAUAUCUUUUCCACGAUAAUGAUGGCGAGAUUUCCAUACACGAUGCAGCCUGGAAUGGUGACAUGGAUCUUCUAAAGCUCCUUAUUGAGAAAGGCUUGAAUAUCAAAAGCACGAAAGAUGACGGAAAAACUGUUGUGCAUGCGUGUUGUGGUAAUGGUAAGCUAGAAGUUUGUAAGUACUUAGUGAAGACUUACCCUAGCUUAGUACAUGUCACUGACAGUCGUGAUCGCAACGUCUUACAUGAUGCAGCACUGAGUGGCGAUAUUGAUAUGUUCAUGUUUCUAAUAAGGAAAGGUUUAGAUGUCAAUAACAAAAGUAAUGAUGGAAAAACUGUGCUUCAUGCGUGUUGUUAUAAUGGUAAAAUUAAAUUGUGCAAGUAUUUGGUCAAAACAUAUCCCUACUUACUAGAUAUCACUGACAAUAAUGGUGAAAAUGUUUUGCAUGCUGCAGCGAUAGGAGGAAACAUUGACUUAUUUAUCUUGCUCGUAGGGAAAGGCAUUGAUAUCAGGUCGAAAACAAAUGAUGGCAAAAAUGUUCUACAUUUGUGUUGUAGAAAUGGUAAGAUGGACAUGUGUAGGUAUUUGGUCAACACAUAUCCUUACUUACUCAAUGUCAUUGACAAAAAUGGAGGGAAUGUCUUACAUGAUGCAGCUUGGGGCGGUAACAUCAAUGUGCUAAAAUUUCUUUUAAAGGAUCCGAAAGGCUUAAAAGUAGAUAUUAAAAGCAAAGAUGGAAAAAGUAUUUUACAUCAGUGUUGUUUGAAUGGUAAACUGGACAUGUGUAAGUAUUUGGCAGAAACUUAUCAUUGGUUAAUAAACGAUAUCGACAAGUAUGGCGAAACCGUUUUACAUGCUGCAGCCUGGGGAGGUAACAUUGAGCUGUUAAAAUUUCUCAUCCAAUAUGGUUUUGAUAUAAAUGACAAAAGACAUGACGGUAAAACACUGCUACAUCUAUGUUGUAUGAAUCGGCAGAUGGAAAUGUGUAGAUACAUAGUCAGCAAUUAUACUGACCUUGUAGAGGUCAUUGAUGAUUAUGGUCAAAAUGCCUUACAUGAAAAAGUCUGGGGCGGUGGUAUCGUUGGCUCUCCUAAAGGUUUGGUUAGAAAAAGGGCUAAAUAUUCCUCACACAAUGAAUGAUGGAGUACUUUUCAAAAUAUUUAUUGUCUGAAUGGUAUUAUGAUUAUUUUUUUAGAAUGUUACCAAAAUUUAUUUGUUAAAGAGAAUGAUGCGGAGAAAUUCAGAAAUAAUUUUUGGAUUCAGCUUUUGGGUAAAGCCAUGAUAAGUUACAUUUAUUAGAGAAUUAAUUUGGUAUUGACAAGGCAUUCGCAGACUUUGGCAGAACAAAAAGAAGAAAAAUGCAUAGUUGUUGACAAUGAAGGGAUAAAAAGCGUAAAAUAUAUAUGUUUCGUACUUUAAUUAAUUAAAUAAAUUGGGAACAUUUCACAUUGCAGUACAGUUAACGUGCGCA